AAAUCCAAAAACUAGACAACAUUAGAUUAGGUAGAGCAUGUCAAUUCACAAUUGGGACCGUAAUUGUAAUGAAAGCAACAGCCAGCAGCAGCAAAACCCUCCAAAAAAAAAAAAAAAAAAAAAACCUUGCAAGCAAGUACCGUGCAAUUAAUUCUGCAAAAUCUUUCUAUAAUUUAAUAAUCUUCAACAACAUAACUGAAAAUUCAACAGCAGCACACACGCACAACUUGAUCCUCUUUUCCUUUUAUAAAAUCAACAAAACCAAACUCAAUAUAUAUGAAUUAACAUCCUAACUUGGAGGUCCAGAACAACGUACCAAACCAUAGCAAACGGCAUCAUUCUCUUCUAAGUACAGUCCAUCAGGGUUCCUGAAAACCGCGUGGACCCCACAAACUAAGCAUCCAACGCCGAACCCGAUGACCAAAUUCUCCACCACGCCGCACACCCACACUGCCAAGACCGAGACGCCGACCAAACACAAGAGCACCCACCGAUCGGGUAUGCUAUGGCCCCACAGCACCAAAGGGUCUUCUCUGAACAAGUAGAGGAGGAUCCAGAGCGCAAUGAUGACGGAGAGGAGGACGAGAGAGAACGGGGCGGUGAGGAGGGAUAAGGCGCAAGCGGCGGCCACGACGAAGGAGUAGUUGGCAAGGAAAUAGCGGAGAUUGGAGCGGG